UGGCGCGAAAUGUUCGUGCCGAGUGUAAACAGCGCGGUGCGGAGGGUCUGUCGGCGAACGGGUUACUUUCGCUGUUGUUUUCCGCGCUUAUCUGCUCGACCACUCUGCUGAGUGGUCCCGGUUCCCUAACGUGCUACUUAACUGUCGGUUUUGGGUAUUUAAAACUGUUAAAGUCAGUCACCGCUCGGUAGUGUUUGUGCUAACGCGCCCAUUAAGCCGUAAGGGACUGUGCUAAUCGAUUAGCAUCGCCGCCAUGGCGGAUAGGUUUUCGGACGCUGGUGAUCUGAGCGGAGAAGAAGAGAGCCAGGAGGAGGAUGUUAUGACUCCGGCUGAGCUGAUCGCCCGGCUGGAGGAGGCAUGGCUCAAUGAGAAAUUCUCCCCGGAGCUUCUGGAAAACAAAUCCGAAUUGGUGGAGUGUGUGAUGGAGCAACUCAUGCACAUGGAGGAGAAUCUGCAGCGCGUCAGGAAAGGAGACCUGAAGGCCAGCGUCCACCGCAUGGAGAUUGACCGCAUCCGCUUUGUCCUGAGCAGCUACCUCCGCUCUCGACUGCAGAAGAUAGAGAAGUUUUUCCCUCACGUAUUGGAGAAAGAGAAGUCUCGGGCAGAUGGUGAUCCAUCAUUUCUUUCUCCUGAGGAGUUUGCCUUUGCUAAAGAGUAUCUGGCUAAUACAGAAGUUUACCUGAAGGCUGUAGCUCUGAGACACAUGCCUCCAAAUCUGCAGAGUGUUGAUAUGCUGAAAGCAGUUCCUGAACCCUGUCUGGACUCAUUUGUUUUUCUGAGAGUGAAGGAGAGGCAGGAGAACAUUCUGGUGGAGCCUGAGACGGACGAGCAGAGGGAGUAUGUAGUAGACUUGGAGGAGGGCUCCCAGCACUUGAUGCGUUAUCGCACUAUAGCACCUCUAGUGGCCAGUGGUGCUAUACAGCUUAUCUAGAAGACUGGAAACAAAGCUGCUGAUGUUUUCCUUCCUCUGUGGUGGUUCUCCAUUCAUUCUCUUUGUUCUCUUUUUCUUUGUGCUCUGUUGUGUCAUGCCCACUGGCACAUUUGGGGCAGAAACAGUUCCAGUUAUGCCUCAGCAGCUGCUUGUAAUUAUGCCUAUUUAGUUUUGACAACUAGGCCUGUUGUUGAGGGGCAAAAUUCCUGCUCCAAAUCUGUAUUUAUGCUGGGUUAUUUCUGUGUGUGAACUAGGCCAUCCCCAAAAACAUGCAAUAAUGAGAAAUAGAAGUGGCAGUGGCUGUGUUCCACUUUGCAAUGCUGUACUGUAAGUCUUACAGUCAUGUACAUGUAGUACCAUUAUAACUUGGUUUCACCCUCACUGCUAACACAGUGUUGCUGUUUGACAUGAUGGUAACAGUCCCGGCGUGGGCUUUCGGUUGUCUGUACAUUUCUGUUUUUACAGUGUAAAGACUUUCAUGUUUACUAUGAAUUUGUCUUAGAACUUACUACAAAACAUAAUGAUCUCUGUAAAAAAACAAAUAAAUUAUCAUAGUAAUAAAGAAUAAUGCUGGCAUUGUUAGUGUAGUUAGUGCCACUCAUAGAGUCCUGUGGGGAAAGUCAGACUACUCUUCACUUAAAAAACAGUGAAAAAAACAGGAGUUUCCUUGAACUGGACCUCAAAAAAUGAUUCAAAGAUACAAAGAAAUUGAGACUUUAAUAAAGAUGCAAGACCUUUUAGACCAUCAAAACCGUCCCCAUCAGAUAAACAGCACAUCUUUGAGAGAGAGAAGAAAAUCAAGCUGCUUCAGAUCGGAAAACAUCCAUCCUUCCACUGUGAGAAGACGACUCAGCGCUAUGGGUCUGAAAGGAUGUGUUCAAGAAGCCUCACUGAGAAAAGGAGACGGACACAUCAAACAAAAAAGCUGAACAAUGGACUGACCACCCCAGAGUCCAGACCUCAACAUCACUAAAUGUGUUUGGGAUUACUUGGAUUGUGAGAAGCAGAAAAUAUAUUCAACUUCGAAAACUGAAAUUUGGAGGUGUGAAAACUCUGCAGAUGCUUCUCUAAAACUGGAAGAGAGUCUCCUGGAAAUAAUGGAUGCUAUGGUGAAGAGUGGAUACGUUAAAUACUGAGAAUGUGAUAUUACAUUUAAUUGUUGGCGCUUCUGUGUACUUUUAUGGUAAAUAUGUUCUCUAUUUUUUUCCUAAAGCUGAAAAAUGAUAAAACUGAAGUAUAGUCUCUGA